CAACACCCCCGCGCGCCGUAUUGCUAAACAAUCGGUGCCAGUCCCUGGUGCUGUUCAGGAGCACUCAUCGACCCGCUGCGCUUGCGACAACUCCCGUCCUGGACCCGCUCAGAUCCUCGUCCGGGCCCUGCAAGCGUCCUAACCUGCCCUACCGGCUAACUUCCCGCAGCACCGCCUAGCUUCUGCACAUCACGCCUCACGCAUCACGCCCCAGCAAUGCCCACUCGUUGCUGCAUCGUCCCCGUCGAGCCUGCCGACGGCCGCGGCGACGCGGUUGUUGUCGAGGUCCUGCACGAGGGCAGCCAUCCGCUCGAUGUCAGGUUGGUCGGCUGCGAGGGCGAAAGCCCAUAUGUUGCUUCUAUUCGGUACCGCAAUCUUGCAGAAUUGCAGCACAAGUUCAAAGGGACCGAUGACGAGUGGGCGACCAUUUUGUCUCAUUUCCUGUUGAUGAAACAGCCUGCAAGCCAACAUGCCCAUCUCUUGCAGGGCAUCCGCAUGGUGUAUACUUUGAAGAAUGGAACACUAGCCAUCUCCUUCCGCCAGGACGUUCAAACCAUAAAGGUCACCUUGGGCGAGAUCGUCUUACCCCAGGACGAUGAGUUUGAGUUUAAUCCGUUCGACUGGGCCCGCGCUUCCGCCAUGGCACACGCACAAACACUGCAACACAUGGCCGAACUGGAGGCCCGCGUAGGUAGCGAGCAAAAUACAGUUGCCAAGCUGACCGCGCAACUUGAUGACUUUAUCAAAACCAAGAAUGAGGCGGAAUCUGUCAUGCUGCUGCGGUUUAUGGAGCUGCUGAAUGACAAAAAGAGGAAGAUCCGAGACCAAAACCGCCUAUUGGCUGGUGCAAAGGUUGCCCAGACGACAGCAACUGCUGUUCAAGCGACAAGAGGAGAAACGAGAGUGCGCAAGGCAGGCGCAUCACGAACAAGUAAGCGCAAAGCUUCGUCGCAAUCAGCGCAGCCAGCUUCUGAACUAGAGCCUGAGUCGGACAGCGACCAGAUGGACAUGAACCAAGCAAAAGACGAGGAACGUGAUGAAGAAGAAAUACAAGAUGCUGUAACACCAGAGCAGUCUGAUGAUGAAACAGACGAAGAGACUGGUUCCGUCCCGCGUCAAAGAGCGAGAUCAUCCGAAACAGUCGGGGAUGGUUCUGAGGUUGCACAUGGUGGUGGCACGGCGGAAGGCGCAGAGACAAUGGGCGUUCCCCCGCCCCGAGUGCUGCCAUUCAGCAAAAGGACAGCAGCAACACGAAGCAAGGGUGCAACAGCAAAGUCCUCAGGCGCAACAGCCCAGGCCGAGGAUGACGAGACAGAUGAUGAGGAAUUGUGAGUAGGCAAUCACUAUUGGAUGCUUGCGUGAAUGUUUGCGUGAAAAAAAUAAUGCGUUGUCAGGUACGUAGCGGUCGUAUAACAAAGAGACGAUACUUGGGCAGACCAAGGCUGGCACAAGCAUUUGCCACGAGGCAGCCUUGGUCUUGUUGGUUCCACAAUGGGUAGUGUUGCGGAACGCAGUUUGAGCAAUGCAGUUUACGCUGCGUGUCGGAGUAGAUGCUCAACAAGGCCCUGCCCUGUCGGUCACGUGCAUCGUCAAGGCGCGGACUCUUGGCCUCUGCCGACUGAAGAAUAAAUAGUGGCAGCAGCAACACGGCUAAACAUUCCUAUUGCGUAGAUGUGGCUGGUGAAAAGGAUGGAUUGUAUCUAUGGGUCGGCAAG